CUUUGCGUGCAACCCUUUUGAAUCUUUCAAGCCUCUCGAGAGGAGGAGGAGGAGGAGGAGGAGGAGGAAGAAGAAGAAGAAGAAGAACAAGAACAAGAACAAGAAUAAGAUCCAACUCUCUCAGGAGAAGAGCAAGAGGAGGGACGUCAGAUGGGGGCAGAUCCACCGUCGCAGACGACGGCAUCUCGAGGAAGGGCCGCCGACGUGUGCAUAUGGUUCGUGUCGAUCCUCUUCUUCCUCCUCCUCCUCGCCGGCGGAGCCAUGCUGGUCCUCUACAUGGUCCUUCCUGAGACGAGCACCACCAUGUGGUUCCCGGCCGCCGGCAUGAUCCUGGUCGGCAUCCCCUGGGCCUUCUGGAUCAUGACUUGCUUCUACAGGUUCAUGUCGUGGAGGGCGCCUCACGACGACGCAUCCCCGGCCGCCGCCUCGGCCCCUCCCACCACCAACAAGUAGGAGCUACGUCGCUGGCAUCAUCUCAUGGGAGCCAAGUGCGCCGUCCGCUGUCUCCGUAACUCCAUGCUCUCAUGCAGUAAUAUGGUGUAAGAGCUGCCUGUCAUUGCUGUUGCUAAACCUAAUGA